CAGAGGUUGAUGCUCAACCACUGAGCACACGGGCUGGCAGGGGGUAGGAACCGAGAAAAGGCACUGGGUCGACGGCAGAAGCCCGGUCGGGGGCAGCAGCCUGGUGCUUGGACUUGAGUGGACUGCCAGGGCCGGGCGGCAGGCAUUCUGACCAGGGAAACGGACUGGCCACGGGAGCUCAGUUGGGCUUCGGAGAGGAGGCUGGCAGAGGACCCGCAUGGGGACAGAGAGGUGUGUGGACAGACCUGAGGCCAUGUGCGUUCCACCAAAGCCCCUGGCACCGGGACCCGAGGGGUGAAGAGGAACCCCAGGAAGGACUUGGGGAGCAGGAAUUAAUACAGCUGUUGGGGAGAAUCACUCGCAGAGGCGGGAACAGAGGGGCCUGGUGAUCUGUCUGGAGACAAGCACAUGGGAGGCCCAGACAAGCUGUGCCUCCUGCACACGGGGCCGCCUUUCCUUGGUUCACUCCUUUAGUUGGAUGCUGACAAGUACGAGAACGACCCAGAGCUGGAGAAGAUCCGGAAGGAGAGAAACUACUCCUGGAUGGACGUCAUCACCAUCAGUAAAGAGAAGCUGCCCGACUACGAGGAGAAGAUCAAAAUGUUCUACACGGAGCACCUGCACCUGGACGAGGAGAUCCGCUAUGUCUUGGACGGCAGCGGGUACUUCGACGUGAGGGACACGGAGGACAGGUGGAUCCGCAUCGCCAUGGAGAAGGGAGACAUGAUCACCCUCCCCGCGGGGAUCUACCACCGCUUCACGCUGGACGAGCAGAACUAUGUGAAGGCCAUGAGGCUGUUCGUGGGAGAACCGGUGUGGACGGCGCACAACCGGCCAGCGGACCACUUGGAGGCGCGGGGGCAGUACCUGGCGUUCUUGGCGCAGAGGGCAUAGGGUGCCCUGAGCCAGCACACACCGGCCCCGACGGUCCUGGCGUGACAGCGGCAGGAAACCUACCGUGUCCUCCUCACUUUUCUGUCCCUCCGGGAGGUUGUCUGAUCAGAGUCCAUUUUAGUGGAAGGAGCUGUAGCCUGAUCUAAUUUUUACGUAGAAGCCACUGUGGGCAGCCUCGUCUCCACUCCCAUAGCCGUGUGCCGGCACCCGCGCUGCACUCGAGCCGCGUGUGCCGUGUCCCUGCCGGGCCGCCCCGUUGGGACCUGAUGCGAGACUUGCUGCAGAUUGCCGUCAAGACCACGCCGCCUGUGCACAGGUGUAAGCAGGUGACAGGACUCUUCUCCCACUGCCGGGGGCGUGGGGGGCAGCCCUCAUGUUAGGGGGACUCACGCCACUUUCUUGUUUAAAACAAAGCAGCUGCCUUGCCUGGCCAGUAGCUCAGCUGGUUAGAGCACCAUCCCAAUACAUGAAGGAUGUGGGUUCAAACAAGACUCCGCCAACGAGCUCAUAAAUAAGUGGACCAGCCAGUGGGUGUCUCUCAUCAAUAAACUUUAGAAAUAAGUAA